AUGAUUUAACCAAUUUCUAUUAAUCAUCAAGAAGAAAAAGUGUGGUAUGAUAAGGGUAAUAAAUUGUUAUACGUCAUAUUUAGGAUCUGUAUUAGCCGAUAUAAAUCAAUUUCAAGAAGCAAUUUAAUGUUUUAAUAAAGCUAUUUUUAUGAAUCCUAAAUAUGAUUUAGCUUUGAUUGGCAAGGGUAAUUUUUAUAUAUUGAAAAAUAUUAGGUAAUGCAUUAACUGAAUUGGAGCAAUAUCAAGAUGCAAUUAAUUGUUAUACCGAAGCUAUUUAUAUUAAUCCUAAAUCUGAAACUGCAUGGAGUGGCAAAGGUAAUUUAAUGCUCAAUAUUAAAAAUUAGGAUAUGCUUUAGGCAGUUUGUAUCAAUAUAAUGAAGCAAUUGGCCAUUUCUAUUAAUCCUAAAUUUGCUGAUGCAUGGAAUUGGAAAGGUAAAUACUUUGUUCAAUCAUGAUAAUUAGGAAUUGCAUUAGAAAAAUUGAAUUAAUAUUAAGAAGCAAUUGAAUGUUACAAUGAAGCAAUAUCCGUUAACCCUAAAUCUGAUACUUUUUGGAAGACUAAGGGUAAAUUUUUUUAUAAAUAUUAUUCUCUAGGUAAUGGAUUAAAUAAAUGGCAAAAAUUUUAGGAAGCAGUUGAAUGUUACAACGAGGCAAUAGCUAUUAACCCUAAAUCUGAUGAUUGUUGGAAUAAAAAGGGUAACUAAUUGUUAAAUAUUAAUAUAGGGAAUGCAUUAAGAAAUUUAAAAUAAUAUCAAAAAGCAAUUGAAUGUUACAAUGAAGCAAUAGCUAUCAACCCUAAAUGUGAUUAUUAUUGGAAUAAUAAGGGUAACUAAUUGUAAAACACUAAUAUAGGAUAUGCAUUAGCUGAAUUGAAAUAAUUUUAGGAAGUAGUUGAAUGUUUCAAUGAAGCAAUAACUAUUAACCCUAAAUCUGAUUAGUUUUGGAAUAAUAAAGGUAACUACUUGCAAAACACUAAAAUAGGUGAUGCUUUAUAUGAAUUGAAAUAAUUUUAAGAAGCAAUUGAAUGUUACAACGAAGCAAUAGCUAUUAACCCAAAAUAUGCUGAAGCAUGGAAUUAGAAGGGUAAAAACUAUGUUCAAUUAUAAUAAUUAGGCAUUGCAUUAAAUAACUUGUAUCAAUAUUAAGAAGCAAUUGAAUGUUACAAUGAAGCAAUAGCUAUCAACCCUAAAUCUGAUGCUGUUUGGAAUAAUAAGGGUAACCAAUUGCUAAAUAUUAUUCUAUAGGCAUUACAUUAAGAAAGUUGCAACAAUAUAAAGAAGCAAUUGAAUGUUACAAUGAAGCAAUAUCUAUUAACCCAAAAUAUGCUGAAGCAUGGAAUUAGAAGGGUAAUAACUAU